AUGAGCAUAAGCAAAGAGUCAUCCAAAACCAUGAUCGACAUUGAGAAGAAGGCCGGAGAAGCCAAAGACGGUAAAGAUGGAUCCAAGCUGACGAAGAAGGAACAGUUGCUUUUUCCACUAACGUUCAUCCUGAUUGGUCUCAGUUCAUUAAAUGUAUGGAACACAGCUUUGGGCUUAAAUAUAAAUUUUAAAUACAACACAUUUCAGAUAACCGGUUUAGUUUCUUCGUCCAUUAUAGCCCUUUUCGUCAAGGUGCCUAAGAUGUUAUUGCCGUUCACGUUAGGAGGGUUAGCCAUCCUGUGUGCAGGGUUUCAAAUAGCUCACCAAUUUUUUACCUUCGAGCAGUUUGACACCUAUUGCCUAAUAGCUUUCAUAGUCAUAGGGAUAAACGCAGGACUGGCCCAAACGAUUGCAUUCGGUGUUGGGACAACGAUGAAAGAAAAUAUGAGUGGGUACAUGUCAGCAGGAAUUGGUAUCUCAGGAGUGUUUAUAUUUAUAAUAAAUUUGCUACUAGAUCAGAUUGUACCUGCCGAGAAGAAGUUUGGAGUAAAUAAAUCCAAGUUGCUAUACCUCUACAUCAUUUGUGAAGUUUGUCUAGUGUUGGCUAUCAUAUUUAGUGUGUGCAACUUGGAGCUCUCCCCUAGCGAAGUGUCCAAAGAGGAAGAAUAUAAGGGCAAGGACAAGGGCAAAAACAAGGAAGAAGGACUAACCUACUGGGAACUAAUUAAAGAUAGUUACAAAGCCAUCUUAGCCAUGUUUUUAGUAAACUGGCUCUCCCUACAAUUAUUUCCUGGUGUAGGACACAAAAAAUGGCAAGAAAGUCACAACAUCUCAGAUUACCAUGUUACCUUAAUUGUGGGAAUGUUUCAAGUCUUCGAUUUUGUCAGUCGAUACCCUCCAAAUUUGAGUCAUAUGAAAAUUUUUAAAUGGUUCACCUUUUCCCUUAACAAGUUACUCAUCCUUAACUUCCUUCGUCUUUUGUUUAUUCCUUGGUUUGUUAUCAAUGCUGCUUCAAAGCGCCCCAUCUUUACCAACAUUGUCCAGCAGUGCAUUUGUAUGGCCAUGUUCGCCUUCACCAAUGGAUGGUUCAAUACAGUACCCUUUUUGGUCUUCGUUCAGGAGCUUAAAAAGGCUAAGAAGAAGAAAGACAUCGAAACUAUUUCCACUUUCCUCGUCAUUGCUAUGUUUGUCGGUUUGUUUAUGGGAAUCUGGACUACCUACAUUUAUAACUACUUCCCCAUUGUUAUCAAGAGACCUGUCGUCGUACCGUAA